CGUUUGCCAUUAGCCGGCGGAGAGACUGACGCAGAUUUCGCCCAAUGGGAAGCUCCACCCUCUUGAAGGUAGGACUAACGCGUACCUGAGGUGCGGGUCCCUGCCGGAAGCCGCAGUCUGCGGCUCUGCUGGGCAAACGCAGGUGGGCAAGGUGGACGCAGGAUGGCAAAACAGAAGAGAAAAGUUCCCGAAGUGACGGAGAAAAAGAACAAAAAGCUGAAGAAGGCGUCAGCAGAGGGGCCACUGCUGGUCCCUGAGGCCAUGCCAGAUGGUGAUGGAGCUGGCCCCCAGACCUUCUGUUUUCCUAAGAACCACAUACCGGCCAGGGAAGAAAACCAUAGUGAAAACAGUGGCUCAGGGAGUUGUGAGAAGGGAGGAGCCGUGCUCAGGGCUGUGCAGGAUGCAGAGCCGGAGCUGUCCCCAGAGGAGCAGAGCGUCCUGGAAAGGAAGCUGAAGAAGAAACGGAAGAAAAAGGAGCGGCAGCGGCUGCGGGAAGCGGGUGUCAUGGCUCAGCAGCCGCCGGCCAGACGCUCGGGGGCCGAGCUGGCCCUGGACUACCUCUGCAGAUGGGCCCAAAAGCAUGAGAACUGGAGGUUUCAGAAGACGAGGCAGACAUGGCUCCUGCUCCACAUGUAUGACAGUGACAAGGUUCCCGACGAGCACUUCUCCACCCUGCUGGCCUACCUGGAGGGGCUGCGGGGCCAGGCCCGCGAGCUGACAGUGCAGAAGGCAGAAGCCCUGAUGCGGGAGCUGGACGAGGACGGUGUGGGUGGCCCCAACCCCCUCCUGCCAGGGAGGGCCCAGCGCAUCCGCCAGGUGCUGCAGCUGCUGUCCUAGUGGGUUCAGCACCGGGCAGGGCCACAGCCCAGCAAAGGGCAGCCUCGGGCCACACAGGGUGCUGCUGCCCACCUCCUCUGGUGAUGGGGGCCGAGAUCACCGGCAGGGCAGUGGCCGGACAAGGGCAUCCAGGUUCUAGGCUGGUCCCUCCCCAGCACCACAGCCUCGCAAGGACCCCCCUUCCUCCACACCCUUCUUGGGCAGACAGUUGUAACAGUGAAGACUGGUUCAGUGCCUUUGUCCCAGAGCAUGGACGCUCUGGAAUCACCCAGAGACACCUGGCCUUGGAGAGGCCCUCAAGUCCCGGCAACCUGCUUUGGAGGGAAAUGUCUACUUUUCUCCCAGGGAUAUUUUAGAGAUUGGGCCAUGCGGCUCCUCCCGCUGGCGGCAAACGUGCACCUUCCACCUGCUCCCCCGUUCUCCUACGUGGGCCACGUUCCUGGUCCCCCACCUGUGUCCAUCGAGGGGCCUGGCUGUGGCCUGUCCAUUCUCCUUCGACCCCACAAAGCCUUGCUGCCAGUCCUGGGGAGGGGGAGCCCCUGCUGAGGGCUUGCGGAGUCAGAUCGUGUGCCUUGCAGAAAUGGUCUCUGUGGCUGCAUUUGAAAUAAAACCCAACCCACCAGGAGCCAUGGCUCCUGCUUUGUGCGGC